UAAUUUUUUUCAUUCGAUGCAUAAGCUAAACGAUAUUUUAUGUUGCCAUGAGCUUUCCUAUUGGGUCACUGUCACUUUUUUAUCGACGUACUUUAUUAUGGAGAAUAUUAAUUACCGUGAACUAACAAAACAAACUAACACAACUUUCACGUGUGUACGUCUCAGCUGGGUUUAUUAGCAGUGCUACCUGGUGCUACAUUCAAAACAUAAGCAUGGAAAUAUUCAACUCUCAACCCGGCUUUUGUCCUGUGUGUGGUUCCAUCCUGCCACCUUUAAACACAGUGGGGAAUGUUGUAUGUUACAACUGCAAAAAGGAAUUUCAUCCAGAGGUUUUCGGAGCCCAAGAAGUGGACUACACCAUACAUUUUAAUAGUUAUGAUCCCGAAAGAGUAUUUGGAAAAAAUAAGAGCAAUUCAGACGAUGAAGCCGAAGGACCUGUUGUCGAACGUAAAUGUUCAAAAUGUGGUCACAUGCAAAUGUCAUAUGCAACAUUACAGCUGCGUUCGGCCGAUGAAGGACAAACGGUAUUCUUCACCUGCCUUAAAUGCAAAUUUAAAGAAUCGGAAAAUUCAUAAACUUAUAGGAAAUUCGACUACAUCUGAAAUUUUUGUUGAAAUGAUAGAUGUCACAAAAUGUUCAAUAAAAAAGGUUUUUAUUUUUUUAUUUAA